CUUCACAAAUCUUCAGCGGUAAGAAAAGUACAGCAUGUACGAUCAUCAAGUCAGUAAAGAAACAACCAGUGCAUAUCAAAGUCUGUUAAAAAUGUUGGUGCUUAUUAAAACUACAUGGCUGAGGUAUAUUAAUGAAAGCAACCACUGACCCUGGGUCUGCGCUACGCUGUCCAUCCAGCCUCAGUUGUGUUUUGUGUCUGUCAGCAAUUAAAGAUGAGCUGUGGCUCUUCCUCAUCCCCGCUGGCCUGGCCGUCAUUUUACUGGGGGUGUUUCUGGAGGAGGUGGGCUUUUUCCUGCGUCACAUCCCCUCGUCCAGACGACAACGCCUCUAUCUGUGGAUCCUCGGAAUGUACCCGGUUUUCGCCUUGACCUCCCUCAUAGCUCUGUACGUGCCACGUUCCUCAGCACUGUGUAAUUUCAUCGCUUCCCUGUACCACUCCAUCACCCUGCUGAAGUUUAUGGGUCUCAUCACAGACUUCUUUGGAGGAAAAGCUCGGAUGCUGGCUGCUUUGUCUGGACAGCAGGUUUCUCCAGAUCCUUUCCCCUGUUGUUGCUGCUGUUGUCUCCCGCUAGUUGCCAUCAACAGCAGCAGCCGUGGAUGGAUGAUGGCUGCUGUGCUGCAGCUCUCUGUUGUCCGCAGCAUCCUGUUCUUCGUCACGCUGGUGCUGUGGACGGAUGAACAGUAUGACUAUGGUGAUGUGGACUCGGUCAACCCAAACGUCUAUGUGAAUGGUAUCAUAGGUGUGUCGACGUUUGUGUCCUUUUACGGCCACCUCCUCUUCUACAAAGCCACUAACGGCGUGUUACAAGGCUACGGCCUGAGGGCCAAGUUCAUCUGCAUCAUUGUGGGGCUGGUGCUGUGUGGACUGCAGAGUGGCAUCCUAGAGACCAUGGGAGCUCUGGAGGUCAUUCCCUGCACGCCACCCUUUUCAGUCCUGGCAAGGUCUCAGUUAAUCUACCACUACUGUGUGAUAGUGGAAAUGUUCUGCAUCGGUCUAUAUGCCCGUCACACUUUCCGCAAAGUGGAGCCAAGUGUGACGGCGGAUGUAAGUGUGGGCGUCGAUCAGCUGGAGAAGGCCAUUCAAACAGAACCUGAGGCUCACUCCAGCCACUGCCUCGUCAGCGCCUUCAAUCCCACAUACAACAGUGACAGCGAGGACAGUCUGUGUAGGAUAGAACAUGCACCUCUGGAUGGAUUCCCUUUCCCUGAGGCCAGAGGUCGGCAGCUGUGCAGACCAGGGGCGAUGGACCCUAGUGGAGACCAGACUGUGGACUGUACGGAUGUCACUGUGGUUUGAGCAACUGCAGAAAACCCAACAUUACAUCUUUACAUUGUGUGGCUAUACUAGAUGCUAUACUUGAUGUAGUUUUCUCAAUGACCUACGGAUAUUAUCAUCAGACUACACCUUAACCACUGGCAGAUUACUGCUUUUCCUGUAUAUCUACAAGACUGACCUAAAUUUAUUUAAAAUUAUCAUAGUGUUUACCAACCUUUACUACUUCUACUACCACAUUACAUUAUCCCGACUUCUUUACAGAGUACUUCGAAUUGCAUGUCAGCGGAUGAGAGUUAUACGCUUUUUAUAAUUUAUUUUCCUAACUAUAAUAACGGAGUCGUGUUUUGGUUCAUUUUGACUAAAUUAAAUGAAUAGAAAAAUUUUUCUAUUCUUGUUUAUUUUGUUGCGGGUUGAAAACGAUGCCACACAACAAACCAAAUUGUUUUCCACAUUUAUAU